ACACUGGUACAACCUGUGGAACAGGUGCCUGCGCCGUGGACUCGGAUUGCGAGUACGGAGGAACUUGUGAUUUGACUACAUUGAUGUGCCUGUGUGCAACUGGGUACACUGGUACAACCUGUGGAACAGGUGCCUGCGCCGUGGACUCGGAUUGCGAGUACGGAGGAACUUGUGAUUUGACUACAUUGAUGUGCAUGUGUGCAACUGGGUACAUUGGUACAACCUGUGGAAUAGGUGCCUGCGCCGUGGACUCGGAUUGCGAGUACGGAGGAACUUGUGAUUUGACUACAUUGAUGUGCAUGUGUGCAACUGGGUACACCGGUACAACCUGUGGAACAGGUGCCUGCGCCGUGGACUCGGAUUGCGAGUACGGAGGAACUUGUGAUAUGACUACAUUGAUGUGCAUGUGUGCAACUGGGUACACCGGUACAACCUGUGGAACAGGUAUUUCAGAUACGACAACUAAGGGAACAAUCGGACCUACUAGUCAAGCCCCAACAUCAGGUAUUUCAGAUAGGACAACUGAGGCAACAAUAGAACCUUCGAGUCAAGCUCCAUUGUCAGUUCUUUCGACGCUUGCGAUCAUCGGAAUAUAUGGGGGAUCGGUACUUCUGAUCGUUCUGAUCGUUUUGAUCGUGCUUGUCGUCGUUCUGAUCUGCGGACUGAAGAAACGUCCACCACCGAGGAAGGUAAACCCUUCAACAGACCAGGCUGAAGUUCAUGACAACCCUACCUACGUCGAUGCUUAGUCUCGGCAAUAAACUUCAAAAUGGCGAGUGGAACGAAGAGUGAGGACAUAGCUACUGGGUUAUUUUAAUCUCGUGCAUGGGCAGAUAAACUUGUCGAUACUUUUGGGGAGCUCUUUUACUUUUCAUAAUUUGUAUUUCUUUUUCCUUUUUUUGAUUCUAGAAAUCGUUUCGU